AUGGACAUCAAGGACGAGUCCCAGGACGAAUCCAAUGGUUUUGACCGCUUCCAGCGGGAGUUGAUCCGGCGCCACCUUGCCGAUGUGAGAGCCCAGCCCGACAACUUCGAGUACUGGGAGAAGCUCGUGCGCGCGUGCGAGCAGCUCGACGGCGGCAUCAACCGCAACUCGCACCCCUGGGCCAUCGAGAUGGUCCGCUCCGUCUACAACCGGUUCCUGCGCAAGUAUCCCCUCCUCUUUGGCUACUGGAAGAAGUACGCAAAGCUGGAGUUCAUCAUUGGCGGUACCGAGUGUGCCGAACUGGUCUACGAGCGAGGCUGCGCCAGCGUCACCAACUCUGUGGAUCUCUGGAUGGAGUACUGCAGCUUCAAGAUGGAGACUUGUCACGACGCCGAGAUUGUGAGAGAGCUCUUCGAGCGCGCCGCGGACCACGUCGGCAUAGACUUUCUGUCCCAUCCCUUCUGGGACAAGUGGCUCGAGUACGAGGAGCGCCUGGAGAAUGCCGACAAGAUCUUAGCCAUCCUGAAGCGCGUCACCCGCAUCCCCAUGCACCAGUACGCCCGAUACUACAAGGACCUCCGCACUCUGGCCGUCGACAGGCCCCUCCAGGAGCUUGUCCCCGCUGUCGAGCUGACCCGCUACCGCUUGGAGAUCGAGGCCGAGUGCCAGGCCUUUGGCUUGCCGCCCAAGGUCGACCUCGAGCUCGAGCGCGACUUGCGCGCCAAGAUCGCAGCCAGAUUCUACGCCGCGUUUCAGGCGUGCGAGGCUGACACGAACAGCCGCUGGGCCUUUGAGGCCGGCAUCAAGCGCCCGUAUUUCCACGUCACCGAGCUCGACCACGCCCAGCUGGCUACGUGGCGCAAGUACCUCGACUUUCAGGAGGCCCAGGGCGACUACGCCAAGACGGUGUUCCUGUACAACCGAUGCCUCGUCUCGUGCGCCUGCUACGACGAGUUCUGGUUCCGCUACGUCCGCUGGAUAGGCGCCCAGAAGGACAAGGAGGAGGAGGUCCGCCACAUCUACAUCCGCGCGGCACAGCUCGUCCCGGUCACCCGCCCGGGCAUCCGGCUCCAGUUUGCCUACUUUGAGGAGUCGUGCGGCCGCGUCGACAUCGCGCGCGCUAUCUACAAGGCCAUCCUCCGCAAGCUGCCGGAGUCGGUCGAGACCACGACGUCGUGGGCCAACCUAGAGCGGCGCCAGAUCGGCGUCGAGGCGGCCGUGGCCGUCUACAAGGCGCGCAUCGACUCGACCGGCGUCGACCCCUUCGCCAAGGCGGCCCUGGUCACCGAGUGGGCAACGCUGCUGUGGAAAGCCCAGGGAUCGGUGGUCGGAGCUCGCAGAGUCUAUCAGGAGCACGAAGAGCGGUACGCUGACAGCCGCCAGUUCUGGCAGAGAUACAUGCAAUUCGAGAUGGAGCAGCCAAUCAGCUCGGAGGACCACGAGUUUCAUGUCAGCCUACGCCUCAUGGAGAUCAUAGACCAGAUACUCACCAAGAGCCGCCUCUCGCCGUGGAUCAAGCAGGAGUUCACGCAGAUGUACAUGAACUACGUGCAGCAGCGCAGAGACAAGGCGGCCAUGAAGGAGUUCAUCUCCCUGGACCGGGACAUACCGCAGUCCGUCUCGCGCCUCACCAGGGCUAAAUUCCGGAAGGACAUCAACGGCUUACCUGUAGGCGGGCUCGACGAGGCCACUCGCGUCAGGGCCGAGAAGCGCUACUACAACUUCUACGAGCUGCACAGGGACCCCGACCCGAACGCCGAGGGCCCUGCCCCCUUCUAUUAG